AUGGAUAUACAGCAGGUGAGGAAGAAGCGAAAGACGGUGACGGGAAGCACCUUGGCUGCUAUGCAAAAGGGGGAUUCGAAAACCAAAGUGAAAGAAAAACUCGAGAAAACGUUGAAACUCUUAGUUAAAUCCGAGAAAUCAUCAGACUGCAAAACCACCCGGUCAGCAAUUGAGGUUCCACGGGGCACGCACCCGGGUUUAAAACCACGGGACCGGAAACCACGUGUUUCCGAAGGGCGGUCCUAA